AUGGUUUCAAAAUCAGCUUUUAAACCAAUUGAAAAGGAAGGUAAAAUUGGGUUUAAAGCUAGAAAUGUCUUGUGGUAUUUGACGUUUUCUGGUUUUGCAAUCAACUACAUGAUACGAGUCAACGUUUCGAUUGCGAUUGUUGACAUGAUAGAUACGAACUUUAAGAAAUUAUCAAGUGAGAAAAAGGUUGUGACGUCAGAAUGUAUUGUCGAGCAGAAUCUUACGACGACACCGGAACUAAAUAAUAAAAGUUAUUUAGAAGAUAACUUAAAAUACGUUUCAAUAGAGCGACGACUUUUAGAUUUUUUGGGGGUAGAGUAUGAACGUGAUGGCUUUAAGUGGGAUGAACAUCAACAAUCUCAUGUUUUAGGAUCGUUUUAUUGGUUGCAUUGGUUGACACAAUUACCAGGCGGGAUAUUAGCAACAAAAUAUGGCACGAAAUAUAUUUUCCUCUUCUCAAAUUUAUUCGCAUGUUUACUUUGCAUAAUAAUGCCAAUUUCAUGUUAUUUUAAUUAUCGAUGGAUGACAUUUUUGCGAGUUAUUCAAGGUUUUAUUGCUGGAUUUGCAUGGCCUGCUAUGAAUAGUUUAACAAGCAAAUGGAUUCCUCCAAAUGAAAGAAGCAAAUUCAUUUCAUCGUAUCAAGGUAGCUCGAUAGGAGUCGCUAUUUCUUUACCUAUUUUAGGAUACAUUAUCAAGAUCAGUUCUUGGGAGUGGGCUUUUCAUUCGUGCGCAAUUUGUGGCGUUAUUUGGAGUAUUUGUUGGCUAUAUUACGUUUAUGACUCCCCUGAAAACCACCCACGCAUUCAUCCUAAAGAAAAAGAAUACAUUUUGAAGAGUCUCGGUUCAUCAGUAAUUCGGAGUGAUGAGAAGAAAAUUGAGACGCCAUGGAAAGAAAUUUUGACAUCGAAACCAGUUUGGAUUCACUCUUUGGCACAGUGGGGUGGCAUUUGGGGAAUUUUCACUAUAAUGACACAAGCACCUACGUACUUUCGUUUCAUUCAUGGUUGGGGAAUUGAGAUGGCGGGAAUCUUAUCAGGCUUCCCACAUUUGUUACGCGUUACUUUUGCUAUUUUAUUUUCUCUGGCCGGCGACUACAUUUUGUCAAAAAAUAUGAUGACGAGAAGUAAUUUGAGAAAAUUGGCGACAUUUUUCAGUUUGAUUGUGAAUGGACUUGCUGUUAUAUGUUUUGCAUUGUCUGGUUGUAAUGUUGUGUCAGCAGUUUUCUUUCUAACAUUUUCCCUCGCAAUGCAUGGUGCAGUGUCGACAGGAGUAUUAGCAAGCAUUGUUGAUAUUAGUCCAAACUUUUCAUCAAUUACAUUGGGUAUUGUAAGCACUGUUUCAAUUAUGACUGGAUUCGUGUCACCAAUCGUCGUUGGUUACAUAACAUUUGAGAAUCAAAGUGUUCAAGCAUGGCAAUAUAUUUUCUUGAUUUGUGCAGCAAAGCAACUUUUCUGUGGAACAAUUUUCAUACUUUUUAAUGACUCUUCGCUUCAAUCUUGGAAUAAUCCAAAGAUAGAAACAACACAAAACAUUAAAGAAAUGAAGGCAUUGAAUGUUGACAUUGAAGAAAAAAAUGACGAAUAG